GGGGGUGUUGAGAAAUCUGAGAGCGCCAUGAAUACCUACGACGGGAGGACCUUCAGGACCUUCUUUCUUACGUCAGUUUUCGACAAGGAUGGGAAAAAUUGGGUCAAGGAAGACAAGAAGGCCGGCCUUGACUUGCGGCUCUUUCAAGGCUACGGCGUCAAGGCUUUCUCCAUGAAAGCGUUUGACGUGUGCAGGGACGGCACCGAGCUUCGCAUGCUGACUGCGGAACAGUUCCUCAGUAGAACGAACGGCUACCGCGUCACUGGCUGCCUUCCUGUCGUUGAAAGUUCCUUGGAGCUCACCAAACCCUUGGUGAAAUUCAGCAGCCCGGCGGACCAACUGCCAGGCGUUGUUAAGGAGUACAGGGAAGCCUUCUUGAGGCUGCCUCUGGACCAGCAAGCUGACUGCGCUUUCGUGCCCUUUGUCACGAGCUCGAGGAAAUCGCGACAGACGCCAUCCGCGUCGGUUGGGAAGAGGAAACAGUUGGCUGCUUGUUCAGCUCCGCCUUUGCCAGCCGCGUCGCCCUCGCCCUUGCCCACGGUCAGGGGAGGUCACGAUAUCGCUCAAUGUUCCAGCGAGGCUACGGAGUACGAUGACAGAAAUCUGUACGGACGCAAUGCUGCGCGUGACAGUGCCCAGGAAGGUGCGACCGCCCUCACUGAGCGAAACGAGGAGGAAGAAGAUGGGGGAAGCUGCGGUCCACGUGAAGACGACGGUGAUGAUGAGUAUAUGGACGUUGGGGAUGAGAACAUGCAGGACCAAAACAUGCUUGCCGAUGACGACGUCGGUGUCACGUCGGAGCAUGGCCCUGGCGACAUCCCCACCGGUUCUGUGGGAGCGGUUGUUGGUCGGCCCAUGUCGUCCCCUGCGAUAUGGCAUUCGCAAGGCGGGAGUCAGGGUGGGUAUGACUCGCAGGAGCACGGAGGAUCAAAGUCGAGGAAAAGGACAAGAGAAACUUCUCCUUCUGCUUUCGCUCACAAGAGACAAGCGAGGACUGACGCUAUUAAUGAGGCUCGUGGAGCUCUGGUGGCAUCCCAGGAGGCGAGACCUCCUCGGAAGAGCAGCCAGGAGGGAAGAUCUGGCGGUCGUGGCGGCGGCCGUGGUGGCGCAAGGAAAGGUAAGCAGAUAGUGAGGGCUGAAGAACUGCGGGACUCAGGGGAUGAGGGUGAGGGAGUGGGCCCUCGCAUUGCCGACGAUGAUGAUGAACCGCUUCAGCACGAUGCGCCCAUCGACACAACGCGGUGUUUCUUCCUCGAGUACGACGAGCGGGGUUUUGCUAAGCAAAAAGUCCUUCCUGUUCUUGUGGACGUCAUGAAAAUCAAAUGCAUUCCCCGCGGGAAUAUUCUUUUCAACCACCGCUCUUUGUCUGCGAACAUUGUGCGAGGCAUCGUGAAUGCCAUCGAGAGUUCCAUCACCACGGAACCGGGGGCGUGGGAUAGGCCUGAGCUCGUGCUUGCGCCGGUUGACCGCAACGACAUCGUUGGCGGGAAGGCAUACGGUCGAGGCCAUGACAGCGAAAAUCGGGCCAUGAUGUUGUCCUUCGAGGAUGCUGUCCGUGAUAUGAGGCAAUGGUGGAUCGAUAACCAUCGAAUCGAGGCCCGGAGAGGCAAGGUCAGCGAUAAGGAUGCGGUCGCCGUUGCGCACCAAAAAAAGUGGCAGAAUUUCUUAAGGGCCUCCAUGGGGAAGGCAUGCGACAAGGCGUUCGUGAAGCAGGCGCUCGAGAAUGAGUACAGUAAGGAUUGGAGCAAUAAACUCCGUGGCUACAUGAACCUCUCCACAUCCACCGAGGCUGUGUGGCCACUGGUUGAGAAGUUCUUCGAGAUGUUCAACGAGGGGAAACUGCUAGUUGGCGAUGGUAAAAUACCGCUUGACGUGUCGGGUAGGAUGGAGGGGCGCCAGCCAGACCCAUACACCAACGAGACGAAGGGGCAAGGAACAUUAUAUCGUUGCAUAUACGCGAGAGAUGGUCCCAAAGGUUCCACCGUGUCGUGGAAGGAUCUCUGUCCUUCCUACUUCAAAAAUUUUGGGGAUUUGACGUGCCGCGAGAGGGAAGUUGCACUGCUCCUCCUCAUGAAAGGGAAGGUGGUCGCGACGAACGUCAAGGUCAUGCCUCCGAGAGUGAAUACGGAGUGCCUCCUCGACAUCAUGCACAAGGAACGGUACAUGGUCCGUAUGUUCAACUACGUUGUUUUUCGCGCCGAGGGAAGGGCGGACGAUGAGUGGAAUGAUGUCUUCUUCAUGUCAUACAAGGACCUCGAAGACAGUGAUGUUCUGCGUUGCUUAUUCCAGUGGGAGGACAUCGAACUUAUCCUCGGGACAUGGAAACGGGUGGACAGGCCAUCGAAUGACAUCACGAAGUAUGGCAAUAUCGCUAUGGCGAGUCGAGACAUGAUGGCCAUUGUCCUGCACGCGGAGGGAGGGGAUCUCAGAAAGGUCACGGUCGCACUCCGCAUUGUCAAUGACCUCACAAACGUGCAUGUUGUGGAGGACAAGUUCGGGAAGUGUCUGGGGAAACACGGUGGCAUAGAGGGCGAUGAAAGUGUGGUGUAUUCCAUCUGGGAGCGAGAUCCUGGCAAGUUGCGUUCGUUGUGUGGGUCAUUCGUCGGGGAGGCGGAAGGUGUGCUUUUAUUGGGUAGGGCGCACGCGGGUCUUGUGUGGGAAUUAUUACUAGCAGGGAAUAAUGUCAUUGCCUGUGACGAGUCGGCAAAGGACAUUGCAUACUUGACAAAGUUCAUCGAUAUACUUGUCAAGGACGACAAAUUCAACUGCCACAUCGAGAAACCGCGUUGCAAACAUCACCCGAACAGGGACAUGUUCCACAAGUUGGGGCCUAAGAGACUGCAGGUGUGGGAGUACUUGUUCCGCGAUAUGCCACAAGGACGGCUUGACGGAAAAUAUAUAUACAGGAAAACAAAGGCAACAAAGACCCUCAAACAUUAUCACAGUGCUCUCACUGGCGCCUUCGAGACUUUUGUUGCUCGAUGCGAGAUCCUCAAGUUCGAUUUUCGCAAAGACAAAUUGACGUCCAAGGACUACGCAGAGCUCGCGAAAUCGGGCGAUGGCUUUAACCCCGUCGACAGCGAGGAAAAUUCUUCGGACUCCGACCUCGAACUGGGCGAGGACACAUGUGCUGAGGUUCCGCGCGGUGGAAUGGUGCAAGCUCACGAAGACGGAACUGUCCAUUCGCACGGAGGGUCCAUCCCGGUGGCCGCCCCAAGCGUUGCCUCAAUGGUGGCCCCAUCCGAGAGUGCUGCAUUGCAAGACAUUGGAAGAUGCGGUGGCAAUGAAGAAGACGACAUUGAGAUACCAGGCGAGGCGUCGACGCUCGCACCAGGCGAUGCAAUUCCUUCAGGCUACUGUGCUGACCCGGACACGAUAUAUUUCUUGGAGGGCAAACACACCCACACAGGCAAGGAUCAGUGGGGCCAUGACAUCAUAUAGCAAGAGGGCGUUUUACACUCGUGCAUCCAAGAUGGGGAGUGGAAGAUGGCGGUGAAAUACACAAGCGGUUGGAAGACUUUUCGCCGGAUGUCAAAGGACAUCUGGUUGAAAACGACGGAACUCGCGAUCCUGCAUUGCGUGCGCGUCGAGAAUCCAGAGCACAGCGAGGCCACCAUCAAAGCCAAGGUCGAAGAAUUGUUUCAUGUCUUGCGCGACAAUCGGCAAGUAGAGUACAGCAACAAAUUUUAUGCCCUGCG